GCUAGUCGGUCGUGUGUCGCGCUUCGUUUUAUCGUACAAAGCGCUUAGUUAAACGGUACAAUACGAGCUUAGCUCCUUUUGGCUGCGCGGCGACCGUUAUAAACGUGCGCGUUGCCUGUGUUUCUGUUUCAUGCGUUUCGCCGUUCCGUUUGCCGUUUGUGUUUACGUGUUUUGUGCAGCCGGCGUUUGCUGUAGCUGUUCUUGUUUUUUUGCAACGACUGCGCGUGCGUGCGUGCGUGCGUGUGUUCCGUUUGAUUUAAAUGGCGUUUUAAGUGAAAUUAAAAUGACGGAUGUGCUGUAAUUUGCACACUCACUUGCACAUACACACACAUAUAUAUACAACACUCACUUACGUACAGACGAGUGUCAAUAAAUUUUACAAACACGCGGCAGCCCGUGGGGCGUAGCAUGUGCCUAGCCUUUUGAUUACAACUACACAGCGCGUGAUUACAACGCCCCAGCAACAGCAACAACAACAACAGAAGCAACAGCAGCAGCAGCAGCAGCCGUUGAUCGAAUUAAGUGUGCAUCGCCUCGUUUGUGUGUGUGCGUGUUUGUGUGUUUGCCUGCUGAUUGCUGUUUGUUGCGCCCGCGGCUGCGUGUCCGGCAAUUGAGCGGAUAUGCAGGAAAAUGUGUAAACACCCCCGCCCAGGAAGCCGGCUGCAAUAAGUGCUAAUAAGUGACCCGACCGGAUGUAUUUAUGAAUUUUGUGCGUUUGACGCCCAAGCGUCGCACAAUAAGCGCGUUGGAACAGUGGAACAAUUGGAACACACACAAUACGGUCAUGCGCUGCCGCCUCAAUAAAUAUUUGCCUAUGGCCAGCUAAGCAACUCUCUCACUCGCACACCCCAACCCACCCCCCCACACACAAGAGACCGCUCUCGCUCGCUCGCUCGCGCGUCACGCACCGCAAAGCUUUUCGCUUCGUCUGCAAGUUUUUGCACAAUGCGGCGGGCAACGUCGCUGCCGUCGCCGCCGUCGCCGCGUUGGCUGCGUCGCCGUCGCUAAAGCGCCUGCAAAAGCCCGCAAAGAGGAACACAAAAUUUCAAAUUGCAACUACCGCCCGCUUGGUGCGUUGCACUCUGCCCGUGCCUUUGUGUUGUGUGUGUGUGUGUGUGUUUGGUUGUUGUUGUUGUGCUCGUUGUCAUUGAUUUGGCGGGUAGCAUGCAGCAGUGGCAAACGGUAACAGCUGCUGCGACAAUAGAGACUAACUACAAUAGUUGCAGCGAUUAUUUCAAGCACCAUCGUCGUCGGCGUCGUCGUCGUUGCUGUUGCAGUCACAGUCGCAGUUCCGUAACGUGGCCAGAACGUUGCCGGGCAAUUAUUAUUUUGUAAGACGUUUUACAAUUUAAUGGUUUUCAUGAAUGGACUGGGAUCCGACCCUCUGUCAGCAAAGGAGGCAGAGGGCCCUCCGGUUCAAGUUGAACCAGUUGAUUUGAGUUUACGUUCGCCGCGCGCGAGCACCUCACACGCCACCAGCAGCAACAGCAACAGCAAAUCCGCCACCAAAGCAGCCGCCAGCAGCAAGGCCUAUAGCAGCAUCGGCAGUAGCAGCAACAACAACGGUAACUACAGUAAUGGCAAGCAGGCGAGCUGCUCAUCCUCCGCCGCCGGCUAUGCAGCUGGUGCCGGUUCCACGUUGGGCGCCUUUGGGCGGCAGCAGCAGCAGCAGCAGCAGCAACAGCAGCAGCAGCUGUACGCUUCCGGCGUCUCCAAGUUGCCAUUCUCGCCAUUCUUUGCCGCAUCGCCAUUCUUCUUCACGUAUCGACGCAUCAGCAAACAGGAGGACAACAACAACAGCUGCAGCUACAACAACGGCAGCAGCAGCACCGGCAACAGCGCCAGCAACAGCGCCAACAGCAGCGCUCUCAUGCAGGACUACGAUCGCAAGUUCAGUUUGCUGAGCCUAUUCAAGAAUCCGUACAAGUUCGCCGAUGCCCAAACGGCGGCACGCAAAUGCUCCACGACGAGCAGCAGCGGCGGCAGCAGCAAAGUUGCCAGCGGAGCAGCAACAGCUGGCGGCGUGUGCGCGCCCAGCUGGAAGAGCUAUGCGGGCGCGGGCUCGCCGCAUGCGGCACUGAAUCCCGCCUUUGGGGGCAUGGCUUUAGGCGGCGGCGGUGGUGGCAGCCGCAAGGAUAGCAGCAGCUUCAGCGGCAUCAACUUUGGCGGCAGCGGUGCGGGCAGCGGCGCCUCGUUCAGUCGUGAUGCCGCGUCCAAUGGCGGCGGCUACAAUGAUCUCUCCAAGAACCGCAAGGUACACAAGUGCGAUACCGAGGGCUGCGACAAGGUCUAUACCAAAAGUUCGCAUCUCAAGGCGCACAAACGCACGCACACAGGUGAGAAACCGUAUGUGUGCACUUGGGAAGGCUGCAUCUGGCGCUUCGCCCGAUCCGACGAGCUGACCCGCCACUACAGGAAACACACGGGCGUCAAGCCCUUUCGCUGUCAGCUCUGCACCCGAAGUUUCAGUCGCUCCGAUCAUCUAUCGCUGCAUAUGCGACGCCACUGAGCCGCAGGCCAUAUGGAAAAUACUCACUAUAGCCACGCCAAGCCACGCCACGCCCACAACAGCAUCAUAUAUAGAAAAAAAAAAUAAAUGCCCCAAUGAGGCCUUUUUGUUUUGACGUUUUCUCCUUAUUAUUUAUAAAACACUGUUUCAUGCAUCAUUUCGUUCAGUUUGUAUGUCGUAUUGCUUAAGUAGCUCAAUUUAGAUCCGUAAGCGGGCUCAAAGCCCAGUCUAGCAGUAAGAAUGUAGCCAGUAAUUAAUGGAAAAAGAAUUUGUAAAAUUUUUUGAUAUCACCUAAGCAGACGUUGCCUUCAAGAAGCCAAGUUAACAAGCGGUACUACGAGUAUAAUGACAAUUUACUACUACACUACCUAAAAACAAAAGAAAUACUAUAUUUAUAUACAUAUUUAAUAUAUUGAUAUAUGGAUAUUUGAUAUUGAUAUUGAUAUUGAUAUGGUUAGUAUGCCUUUAUAAUAAUAAAUUUGUAUUGGUGCUAGCAACUUGUGUGUACAUAUACUAAACGAGAUACGUUUUACAUAUCGAUUAUACAUUAGCCAGUAAUAAGGUUUAACUAAUUUUAGCUCAAAUUUUUAUAUUGGAUGUUAAGUAGAAAAUUUUAUACAAAAACAAAAUAACCGAGAAUAGAUAAAGACAACAAACAAAAAUCAGACAAACACAAGAGGCAGCAAUAUUUAUAAAUGACAAUCAUACGAUAAUAAUAAAUUCUCAUAUAGUUACUUAUAUACUUAUAUACAUUUGUACCAUACGUUAUGGCAGUUGCAUUGCAGUCUAUGUUUUAUUUCAAAAACCACAAAAAUCUGGAACAUUAAACAGAUUUCAAGAGAAUGACCAAUAUGCUAAGACACAUAAAACCAUGAAUACCAUUUGUCAAUUUUUCUAUACUCAUCUCGAAAAGGCCUUUUGAAAUUUUUAUAAUUGCCACAAUAAAAUAUUUUUAUACAUAAAAAAACACAGUAGAUAUACAAUAUAUGCUAUAAAUAUGUAUCUUACUUACGUGAGUGUAAUUAAGCGCCUUUCUUUUCGCUUCUCAAACACACAAAUAAAGUGAACAUUUUUAC